AUUUAAACAACAAACAAAUCUAUACAAAAAUUGAAGUUUUUCUCCGAAUUUUUGUCCUUUCUCCCUUUUGUAACAAAAUAGUACUUUUAUUUAUAUUAAUAACUAUAAAAACAUUUUUAAUUUUAAUUGUAAUCUAAACCAUGGAAAAUACUGUGGAUGUGAAUAUAGAAACUGAUGUAGUAACUGGUGAAACAGCUGCGCACAUUGUGACCGCAAUUUUAGAAUUCCUCCUGUACCAACGGAAUCAAAUCCCUUUUGUUUACAAAACAUUCAAAUAUUUAAUUUCAAAGUGGAAAAGCAACGAAAACAACGACGAAGUGCCUGCAAAUUUCCAAGUUGAACGACAGAAAGAUGUUGCUAGACAGACAAUGGACUGCAUUAAACUAAUGGGACAGGUCAUAAGUAAAGGAUUCCAACAAAGUAACAUAUCGAGAGUUCGAUUUAUCUUUGGUUCCAGUGCUAGUUUACCAAAAGAAGUCUACACCAUAAUGAUGCCACAAAUAUCCAGAAUUCACUCAUACGAGCACCACAAACUAGAGACCACAGUUCUCAACAAAGCACUAAUAUCUCUUCUGACGUCCAACUGCCUUUACAACACCUUCUCCACAAAUUUGUCCCCGACAAAUGUAUUUCUGGAAUUGGAAAUGCCCGAUAAAGAUGUGAAUGGCUGGGAACAAGUGUUCUCUACAGAUUUGUGUGAAUUACCAGUUAGUUGCAAACAUAUUGUUAUCAACCUUAUACACGCAAUGCCCUCGGUAUAUACUGCUGACACCAAAUGUUGUAAGGAAUUAAUGAUUUUUGAAGACUUCGCUAAUCUAUCCGUGGAUAAUCAGAGUUGUGAAAAAGUUGACGGCGAUUCUGAAAGUACAACUCAAAUUGGAUGGUGGGAGGCAUCGACUUUUGUUAGGGGAUUUAAACAAACAGCAAUUAAAGGCAACAGUAUUUGGCAAUAGUAAAAAAAGUAUUCUUUUCUAAUCUAA